CAGCCUGCUUGACUGUGAGAUUGACUGACUGCUGCUAGCCAAAAUAGAAACGAAGAUCGCGCAGCAAAAAUAAAAACACCACAGCAGAAGAGUGAAAAAAGUGUUUUACGCUGCAGCCGACGAACAACAAUGCGAUGGCCAAUAAGCACUAAAUGCGAACAACAACAACAACAACAGCAGCAACAGAACUUGAACUGAAGAGGUAAACAAACAACAACUGGCGAUGACGUCGACUGCGACUCCGAUGGCAACUCCAACUGCGACAGCCGAAAGUGGCAAUUGCCAACUGCAGCUGCAGCUGUGCGUGCGUGGAAAUGUGCCCUGGCCUGAGUUACCGGUGCAUUUGCGUUCCGUGUUGCACGACAAUCAGCGCGAUUACGAGAAAUAUGUCUUCAACUACAGCCUGAAGAAUCAGUUGCGUUUUCGUGGCAAUCUCGCCUCAAAGGUAUUCCGACAGGAGCAACGCUACUACGAGCUGUUGAUACAGAAGAACAUCAACGGACUCGGCGUGUUUCCCUAUCAUCUGGCGGAUAUUGUGACCAAAGGGUUGCGUGUGACGCCCUUUAAUUAUUAUCUGGACGUGCUCAGCCAGCUGCUGCGUAGCGACAAAAGCUACGACACCUUACCGAACUUUACGGCAGCGGACUGUCUACGUGUCCUGGGCAUUGGACGCAAUGAGUAUUUGGCACUAAUUAGCGAGCUAAAGACGCAUACACCAAGAUCGUUGUUAUUCAGUGCCAAACCGAAUCCUUUGGACUUUCUGCCGCGGUUGCCAGUGCGUGUGCACAUGGAGCCCUGGUGGCGUCUGGACAUUGGCUAUGUGCUGGAGACGGACAUACGUAUGGUGACGCCAGCCGAGCGCAGUUUGCUCGAUGAUCUCAUCGAUUUUGGCGCUCAGCCGGCGGGCAAAUGUGAUUAUCAUGUGCUGCAGAGUUUGUAUCGCAAGGGAUUGAUCUAUUUGGAUGUGCCGAUCAGUGGAGAGGAUCGCAUUAGCAUUCCACCGCUGCGCAACUUUGUGAUGAAUCGUGUGAGCGGCGAUUACUUCGAGAAUCUGCUAUACAAGAUCUUUGUGAGCGCCGACGAGCACAUGACCAUGGCGGAGUUGGCCCAAAUGCUGCAACUGGAGUUGGACAGUGUUAAGCAGGCGGUGAGUUUCAUUUGCCGCCUGGGUUUCGCGCAGCGGAAGCAGACGGAGUACGAGGCGGGGCAACAUCAUGCCAGUUGGGCGGAUUGCAAUGUGCAACAGUUGCCGCAGACGCCGCAAAUCACGCCGCUCAACUACAAUCCGCAUGCGAGCUUCGAUGGCGAAGCGAGCCCCAAGACACCCAAGCAGGACAAGGAGAAGGAGCGAGACAAGGACAACAGCAGCUCGAUUGGUUAUCUCUCCUCCGAUGGCAACACGAGUGAUUUUAGCUUUGCCAACAUGAGCACGCCUAAGGCGAACGCCACAGGCAACCACAACAACAACAACAAUAGUCACAACAACAGCGAUGAACAGGAGCUGAGCUCCGAGCUGGAGGAUGUCAGCGAACGCACCACAACCACCAAGGCAGCAGCAUUAGCAACUGCCGCAGCGGCGGCUGCUCAACCAAAGAGUGGCAAGCGUGUGGGAUUCCUCUUCGAUUCCACGUUGACCGCCUUUCUGAUGAUGGGCAAUCUGUCGCCGGGUCUGAAGAAUCAUGCGGUGACCAUGUUCGAGGUGGGCAAAUUGUGCGAGGAGAGUCUGGACAGCUUUCUGGCCGAAUUGGAGCAAGUGUCGCUGCUGGAUGCUGAGGGUGAAGGCGAUGUCUCGCGCUACUUUGCCCAUGCGGUCAUCUUGCGUUCCACCAUCUGCUCGCUGCGUCCGCUGUUGCCGGGUGGCUUGGAUCUGUUGCGUCUGGAGUGCUUGGAGGGACUCGAUUGGCAGACACGCGAUCGUGUGCUGGAGAAGAAGUACAAGUUCAUUGUGUCCGCGACGCCGUUGACAGCGACGCUCAGUCACAUGUUUAGUAUUCCGUUCUUUGGGCAAUUCAUGCGCAGCUCCGAUGCCACGCCCAUGUGGAGCAAGUUGUUCUACAACCACAUCACAGGCUAUGGUCCGCCCAGUUUGCUACUCUGCCGCGGCACAGUAUUAAAGUCGCUGCCACGCCUCUUUCUGGGCUAUGGCAAGCUGCUGGUGAACAUACUGCACUCGGACUCGUAUGUGCUCAACUCGGAGAACUUUCGCAAUCUGAACGAGCAGCUGAAGAAUGGCUGUGUGCUGCUCCAGGGCUACGGCAUACGCAGCGUUGGCCAGCUGCACUACGAAUCGUUUCCAUUCCAGCCAACAGAUGCCCGCCAGGCGAAAUGGGCAUCGCAUCGGGCGGUGCAGAAGUUGGCCACACAUCUCGAUCUGCGCCAGCAAUGCGGCUACAUCACAUUCCUCAACACGGGCGUGCCCGAUCUGGGCUGUGAGGAGUACGAGCUGCAGGUGCGUCUGAAGUUGCCGCAACGCAAACGCGGCUCGUUGCCAACCCCAGCGGGGGGCGGUGCAACUAAAUCGCAACAUGUGCCAAAUACGGAUCAAUUGACCAGCUAUCAGCUGAAGAGUCCCGACGAGAAUCACUUCGCGGCCACCCCUGAGCACGGACCGGCCAAUGAUUACACCUCUGCCGACUGCAGUCAGCUGCUGGCCAGCGAGCUGGCCAAUUGUGCUAGUCCGCGUGGCGAACUCGUCUCGCAGAACUCGGUGGAGUUGCCGCUAAACGAGGGAGCUGGCGACGAGGAUGAGGAGAUUGAAACCGAUGCCUGCACCGAGGAUUGGACGCUGCUCGAGGUGAACUUUGGUGUGCCGCUCUUCGAUGUGGACACAAACACCCGCAUCUGCGAGCAGCUGGUGCAGCAACUGAGUCGUGAUGCCAACCUGGAACAGUUGCCAUCGAGUGCGCAACAGAUGCAGUCGUUGUUCCUGGAGUUUGUGCGUCAGUGUCUCUACUUUGAGGAUGAUCCAGCGACGCCGGCGCAGCUCCACGAGCCAUUGCAGUCGACGCGUCCAUUGCCAUAUCCACGCAUCAAUCUGGCCUUUGAGAACGGUCGCGUUGGCUAUUGGAAUGGUCGUUGAAUCACCGAAUCAGCGCGAUAAGAAUACUUAAUAGCCUCUAAUUGACCCAGUACUAUUUUUCGUUUUGCUUUUUUUUCUUUUGUCUGUGUGUAUAAAAGCAAAGAUAACCAAUUUUAUGUACAUGUAGUUCUAGAACUUUAUCAGACCCGCGAGCCAUUAGACUAUCUAUCUUGUCUUGUAUUCCGCAUUCCGUUUUUUUAUUAGUUAUGUAAGUUUAUUUUUGGCUGAGUGGCAAUACGCGAUCUAGAGGCAAAGACACACACACACACCACACUCCAAACAACACACACACAAAUACAGAAGACAGACAGACGGACGGACGGACAGACAGAUGGACGGUUACACAGAUACUGCUCGUAAACAUACCAUUUAUAUAUGCAUACAUAUAACUAUGUAGCUCUAAAAUAAAUGCAAUUUUAACAACUUGUAAACA